UACUCUUCACCACGCUAUUUGUAGAAAACGUUUGAGCAGUCAAGAGCAGGAUCAAUUUUAAACACAACAAAUAAUAUUUUAAAUAAAGUGUAUAUUAUAAAGUCGAUGAAUAAAGUUCUAAUUUUUCUUAGUAUUCUCACAAAUACGUGGAUUGUACAAGCUUUUUAUGGAACUAGGGUGCGACAAUAUGGUUUAAGCAACCAAUAUAUAAAACAAGGAAAAUUGGUGCGAUUAGUUUGCCUGAAUGUAGAUCCAAACAAUACCCUGUUUGGUGAUCUUGUUACAUGGUAUCGAAAUGGAACAGUUUUUAAAGACGGAAUGCGUGAUGGACACACCAUAACGAUCCAGUUAAAUACUUCUGCAAGCUAUUCAUGCACACUCAAGAACACACAGUCAAACAUUACUCUACAGCCAGCAGUUUUACUUUCUUUGAAGGCAUACACAAUCGACGGAUUAGCCGCACCGGUGAUUCAAUCCAAAGGGCGAGUAGAUGCUGGAGAUAAUCUUACACUAACUUGUCAAGUAUCAACAGACCAUCCAAUAAAGUCGUACACCUUUUAUGAAAAUACUCUAAAUGACAAAGUUAUUAAAUGGACAACAGAAUAUAUUCGCUGGGAGUUCUGUUAUCGCAAAAGUCCUUGUUUUCUAAAUUUUACGCGUGUUGUAAGAACAACUGUAAACAAGCAUAGCACAUAUCAUUGUAGUGUAACAACGAUAAACGGCUUCACGAAGAAUAGUAAACAUGUUGCUGGAUUGGUGUCAGAUUUGGCACACAUCGAACUGAAGCUUUCCAAGAAUUCGACUAUUGCUGGUUCAAUCUUGUCAUUAUCUUGCAAAAUUUCACAUUUGUCGCCGAAGGUAUCGAAAAUAAAACAUUAUAACUGGUACAGGAAUGGUGAAAUUUUGCAUAUAACAGGUCGAUUUUUUCAUACACCAAUGCCCACUGUGAAUCUUACUGGCUUGAAGUUGGGUAGUAGCGGUGGUUACACAUGUUCAGCCACGCUCGAGAGAACAGACAACAUAUCGGUGCAAAGUUUUUCUUACAACAAACCAUAUUUGACAGUUAAGCCUAAGCUGAGUAUUAAGAAAACGUUUGCUCACAAAUGGAACUCCUUGUCUGUCCAAUGUGAAGUUCUUGGUGGUGAAGGGAUUCUUUCGAUCAAUAAAGACAAUAUUACAUUAAAAUCGCAGGAAAUUUACUUGAACUAUCAGUAUGCUAUCACAUGGGGGAAGCAAACCUCCACUACGAAUGAUUCUGGAACAUAUACUUGUAGGAUGACAAGCGGAAAUAAAACAUUCGAAGCAACAACAAAUGUCCCAGUCUAUUAUAUGGAUCCUCCAAAACUAAAACUAGACAAUAAUUACAUUGAUUUGAAAACCAAUCAAUACAAAGUGAAUUAUCACGCUAUCAUCAUAGUGAAUGAAAACGAAAGUCAUUGUCUGGAAGUAAUCCCAAAUUUUAUUCUGCCAGCCUUCAACUUAACAUGGCAAUACUAUCAAACAAACAAUGUAUCAAGAAGCACAAGUGAAUUUAAGAUAUGUUUUGCCAACAUCACAUAUGACAUUCACAAUACUAUUACGUUUGAAGCCUUGGUGCCAUAUAUGCCAGACAGACAGCAUUAUAUUCAAUAUCUUCAGAGAUUGUUCGUGAUAGUACGUUUUAAAACUGCACCAAAGGUUCACAAGUACAAGGUUCACAGAUACCCUAGGGUUGGUCGAUCAUUUUCUCUCCUGUGUCCAAUAUAUGCUCUACGAAGUCCUAAUAUCACAUAUACUUGGUACAAAAAUCAUACUCAAGUUGGAAAUACAUCUGUUUACUACAUAGCUAAAAUAUCAUAUGCAGAUAGCGGAAACUACACAUGUAUCGCCAGAAAUAAUUUGGGGCAUGCCAAGGCAGUCAGAGUUUUGACUGGAAUAGAUGUCCCAGAUACGCCUGAGAACAUCACUGUCCAACAAGCAACAACAUCUUCAAUAUCGCUGAAAUGGAGAAAACCUUUUGAUGGCCAGAACACCAUAACUUUGUAUUAUGUUCACAUUACAAAAACAUCAUACUUCAGUAUGAAAUGUUUUUCUGACUCUUAUCCGAGAGAUUCUUGUAGAUAUGGAUCAUACAAUACCACAAUUGACAUAAAAAACUUGGAACCAUUUACUGCAUACACCAUAAAAGUAUCAGCUCGGAAUGGAGUAGGUACAAGUAAAUACUCGGAGAACAUUGAAGCAUCUACAUUAGAAGGAUUAAGCAGCCAACCUCGUUACUUGAAAUAUAUAAAAAUUGGUGACGAAGAAGAACUUACAUGGGCGUCACCAGAAUAUACCAAUGGAAUGCUGCUAGGCUAUCGGAUAUGCAUACAGCAAUUAGACUUGGAUGGAGUAGGACAUAAUACUUUGCAGUCAUUUCAAUGCAUAAACAAAACAGUUAAUGAAAAGAUCUUUGCGCUGAAAAACACAGACAAUUUCAGUCUGUACAACGCAUCAAUUCAAGCAAUAAACUCAGCUGGCUAUGGUGAGACUGCAAACAUUACCUUCAGGACGAAAGAAGGAGAACCGGAGAACGUACGUAACGUAACAACGAAUAUCUCAGCAACUGAAAUUCAACUUACUUGGACUAAGCCUCUCCAUUUCUACGGCAACUUUAAAGAAUAUACGAUUAAGCUUCAACGCCUUCCUUUUGGUGUUAUCCAGGAAAUGAAAUGUGAAUCGAUAAAAAAAUUAAUGUGUAGGAUGAAGCAGUUGCAGCCAGCAACGUCUUACAAAGUUUUUAUUGACGUCAAGAACACCAUCUCUACUACAACAACAGAAAUCGUACUGAAAACCAAUUAUCAAGCACCAACAAAUAUACAUCCUCCAGAAUCUCGUAUUAUUGGAACUAUGAUGAGAAUUUACUUGCCAGUAUUCCACACUGAUGCACCAAUAACAUACUACGAAAUACUUGCAACUAAACAUGAUAAAGCAAACGUGUCAGAGGAAUGGAUUGUAGCAAGAAUGGAGGCUAAAACAUAUUCUAGCUUGCGUGUAUUUGAUUUGGGCUGCGGAGAAUGUAAUAAGGGAAACAUUACAAUUCUCAACAACAAAAAAUUGUCGUCUAAUGCUUACUAUGCUACUGCAGUUAGAGCUUUUCUUAAAGAUGAAAUGUUCACAACAACGAAAUGGAGUAUGGCCAAAAUAAUAAAGAAAAAAGAAAAUUCUUCAAAGCAGGGUAUUGCAUCGGCAACCGUUGUAUUAGCUUUGGUUUUACUUUCCUUGGUUUUGGGGUAAACACCAAUGAGUUUUAUGGCAAUAUAUUUUUAUUUAGUUAGACAAUUAUUUGAUCUUUAAUGAUUUUUAUAAUUUCUGUAUAUCAAACUUAUUGUUAAAUAUAAUUUUUAUUUCGUGUA